CAGGACAGUACCUGUUCGCAAGACCACCUGUGUUUUCUAUGUCCUUGCGGACGGGAGUAUUGAUCCAAUAACAUUUAACAUAUGAUAUCACACCAUAGCCGCGCCCAUGUCUCCCGACGAUUUUAUUUUCACAUUUAUUAGCAGAUAAUAUCUGCGAGAUUUCGUUAUGAAAGAAAUGGCGUUUUGCUUAUUUCACGAAGCGAAUUAGACGAAUGGAAUUUUUCAACUUUCUACAGAUCUGCGUAUUUCUGUAUUGAAACAAAAGCAUUUUUUUUGGAUUUUGACGUAAACAAUGAUUUUCGUGAAUACUGAACAGCUUUAAAUGAUCAAAAUGCCUACGCUGUAUACGUUGAUACGUUUAAAUACACGUGUCCACUGAAAACGCGCGCGUACCGUAAAUACGAAUUUCAGAUUUCAAUUUGAAAAUACUCUGAAGUAUUUAUGUUACGUGACUGAAACAUCGAAAUUCCAUUGCCAAUUUAACUCCUGUUCGAAACUGAAAAGAAAUCUGCACACAAUUUGACAUUCGUUCUUUAACAUAUCGGACACGCAUGAGAAAUUUGGUUAAAUUAAUUUCUGAAUCUUUGACGUGAUAAAGGAAAAAUGGCUUGUUUAGUAGAGCACAGGGAAAGUAAUGAAAUAAUUAAUAAAGAUAGAGUGCAUUUACCAUCUUUUAAAAUGGAAGAAGAGUAUAAGUUUAAGUACACGCCUGAAAGUCAUUUUAAGCAUGUAGUAAAAAAUGUACAAAGGCUAAGGCGCAAGGAGGAUGAAGAACGUAUCUGGAUGUCAUUCGUUAAAGAACAGGAGUUAAGUAAUCUAAGGUUCUCAGAAAAAGACAUUCAUCCGUCUAUAAAAGGUAUCAACGAUCUCUUACAUGACAAUAUGCAAGAUGUGGACAGGGAACUUAAGAGACUGCAAGAAGAUACUCUACCCGAACGAAAUAAAGGAAUUUGUAUCUGUAAAUCUAAUAACAGAGAUGAAAAUACUGCAAAUAUAAAGACAAACAGUAUACAAAACUAUUCUCCAAAGCAAAAAUCACAAAUAAGAGACAGAAACGAGUGUGAUGCUAAUAUUUUAAUUCCAAUAACACAGGAGGAUAAUGUUACAAACUGCCAAGAUCCUAAGGCAUUUAAAAAAGUUCUGAGAUCAAAGACCAAAAAAUCUGUAUCAGAUUCUUCCAUUAUACGAAAAAAGCAUUACACCAAUCAGUUUCUUCGAGCAACCAAUCACUUGAUUGAAAAUGAUUCAGAUUCGGACAUGGAUUUGAGUAAUGAUAAAAUCGAUACUGUUCAUAUACAAGCGGAUCCACUUACAAUACACAAAAUUCUCUCAAUGCAAAAAAAGAUUUCUGAGUUAUUGAAUGAAAUUUCGUUUAGAUUAUCCAGAAUUCCUCUGCCAGAUGGAAAUAAUGAUCUGAAAAGAAGACAGCAACAGACUAUGGAAUUUGCUAUUAGGUUCUCAAGAAAUUAUCUGUACAAUCUUAACAGACUUGUUACAAGUAUUCAAAGGCAUAUUGGCGCUAUAUCCACUAAAACAAGACUACAGCAUUAUCAUAGAAGUGUUACAUUGCAUCGUGAUAUGAUUAAACAAAAGCUGAUUGCUGCUCAUCAAUUAUUAAUACAAGCUUUAAAUGCCUAUUGCAAGCAUAUACCGAACUCUACUUCUGAAGGUCAUUCUACAAAGCUUCAAAAUGUGUUACAGAUCGUCGGUAACUUAAGAGAUAUUUGCAAUAAAGUUGAUAUCUCUGCCAAUCAUUUCUGCUCAGGAGAUAUGAAUGCUUCAUUAGUGGAAGAUGAUCUUCAAGCUGACAUUGACACUAUCUUGUCGAAAUUAAAGUUGAGUUUAGAAUGUAAAGAACAACCUGCAAGUCAUAAGAAUAUUGAACCUACAACAUCUCUUACAAGAACAUCUUUACAAAAUGGAAAACAGACGAACAAGAAAAAUUUAUCUAGUCGAUUAAGCAUGUAUAGUAUAGAUGUACCUAAAACUAAUCAAAGAAAAAACACAGAGCUAAGAGGGAAAAAGCAUGGUUACCAAGGAGAAAAAAAAUAUAAAGUUGAAGACGUAAGAAACGUACACAGUCAACAAUUUACAAUACCCGAGCUACUGUAUCCUAGUCCUGCUACACACACGUCAUCUUCUAAGGACACCGUUUUGAUUGAUUGUACGAAAAAGGCGAAUUACUCAAAAGAUGACGAUAUCAAAACUAUGAUGGAUGAAAUACCAAUUGAUUCUGAGAAUGAUAGUAACAUAGAAAUUCGGAGCGGACGUAGUAAUAUAGUGAAAAUGGAACAGUCUAAAGGAGUACAGAAGAAGUCAUUUACAGAAGUAUGGAAAUCUAAGAGUACAAAAGAUAAAGAAACAGAUCCUAAAGUACAAAAUGUUUUAAAUGAUGAUGAUUUAGUAAAAAAAGUAACUACAAUUACCAAAGAACAUUUGUCCACUCUAGUCCCUGUAAUAAGUGAUUUAAUGACUCUUAUUUCAAAAAAGAAAACUGAGGUGGAUACACAGCCUAUAUCCGAAACAUCUAUGGGAACAUUAAUGGAGUUUCUACAAAAACAUCAAUCCCCUAAAGAUUUUGACACUAAAACGAUUUUAACAGAUGCUGGUGAUAAAUGUUCAUAUUUUACAGCAACUAGUUUAUCCGAAGUUCAGAAGCACAAUAACAAUGUACAACUGAUUUGUAUGUCAUCCGUGGAUAAAACUUCUGAAACAAAGCAACGUGAUGUGUCGUGUCAAGCAGAUGAGACUGCACUAAAGAUACUCAGUGAUACAAGAACACCGUGUUCGAUUACCAAACAUAAAUUGAAACUCACUACUUCAGAAGAAACCAAACAACGAACUCUAGCGUAUAGAUAUAAUUAUAAAAAAGUGUGUCAAUCGAGACCAAUGUAUUCUAGCAAUACCCAGAAUAAACCGUGGGAUAUAGUAGCAUGCAGGAUAUCCGAUAAACUAAUAGAAGAAUUAAUAAAGGAGGUAACAAAAGAUUUAGGAGUGAACGACUUGAUACAAAAAUUGUACGACAUGGAGUUUCAAGAAUUUUAAGAAUAAUUAACAUUGAAUUAAUCUAGAAUAUCAUAUUCACGAAAUCAAUCAUUUUUAAAACGUUUUUCAUUUGGGAUGCAAAUUUUUUAAAUAAACUAUAAUUUUAUACAUCGAUGUAUAACUUAUUCUCUCAUGUUUGUUGUGAUUCAACUGGAAUAUACAUAUAGUAUAUACAUAUACGGUACAAUGUAGUAAGUACUAAAAUGUAUCUCGAAUGGCGGCGACCACACAAAGGCAACAUGGCGGUGAAACUAACCACUUCAUGAUACUUGUUACGAACACAGUAAUCAUUGGUAGCAAGUGUACAUAAAA